CCCUGGCCCAACACGUACGCAAAGAAGCUCCUGUGUCUUUCGUUAGCUCUUCCGCCGCCGCGUCUUGUUGCUAGGGUUUCGUUUGGCCUCCCAAUCGUCCGAUCGAUGGCGGCCGAGGAAGGCGAGAAGAAGAUGAUCACGCUCAAGAGCUCGGACGGUGAGGAAUUUCAGGUCGAGGAGGCGGUCGCCAUGGAGUCGCAGACCAUCCGCCACAUGAUCGAGGACGACUGCGCCGACAAUGGCAUCCCGCUUCCCAACGUCGACUCCAAGAUCCUCUCCAAGGUCAUUGAGUAUUGCAAGAAGCAUGUCCAGGCCAGCCCCAAACCGGCCAACUCUGGCGCCGCCGUCGACGCCAGCUCCUCCACCUCUACUGCAGUCGCCGCCUCCGCCGAGGACCUCAAGAGCUUUGACGCUGAGUUCAUCAAGGUCGACCAGAACACCCUCUUCGACCUCAUCCUGGCUGCAAACUACCUCAACAUCAAGGGAUUGCUCGACCUUACUUGCCAGACUGUUGCAGAUAUGAUCAAGGGGAAGACUCCGGAGGAGAUCCGUAAGACUUUCAACAUCAAGAAUGACUUCACACCCGAGGAGGAGGCUGAGAUCCGCAGGGAGAACCAGUGGGCUUUUGAGUAGAAAAAGAGUAGCACCUAGCUAGACACUGUUUCGUUGAAUUACUGCUUACUAUUUGUCUUUUUUUUAGACUUCAUAUUAUGCAAGAAGAAACCUAUCGUGGUA